CUCUCUCUCUUUAAAUUGCAAGCUAAGUCUUCUUUCCAGCUUUUUGAGGACCCUCUUUCACAUUCAUAGAACCCCACAAAAACAAUUCACCCACCAGAGCUUUUAUGAAGGAAAAAGAAAAUCAAGUCUCUAAAAAUGAAAAUGGAAAAUGGGUGUUCUUGUGAAGAUUAGAUUUUAGUAAAUUCUUUAAUUAUUAGCACUAAAAUUAUUAUUAUUUUCUUGACUUCUUUUGGCCCACUGCAGGCCACACCCUCUACUUGUAAACUACUCCUCUUGAGCUGCUGAACUUUUUGUUGGCUAUUCUAUUUUUUUUUUUUUUUUUACUUUAUUUUUUUGUUUUCUGGCUUUUGUGGUAUUCUUGUAUUUCCUCUCCGCACUGGCAACAUAUCUAGGCUCAUUUAGGAUCUGUUUACACAGAAGGCCCUUUCUUUUUUUCUUUUUUUGAUCUUCAGGGAAGAAGAUCGAGUUGUUAAGUUCAUAUCAUUUGCAAAGGAGUAUAUGGAUUAAAUUCGAGACGGGAUCUUAGGGAACAAAGCAUAAUUAUUUAUUCACAUCCAGUUUGCGGUAGAUGUCUUCCGGAAAUUUAAAGACUGAGUUAUCAAAGGAGUAUGGAGGUGUUAAACUAUGGGUUUUAAUUUGUAUAUGUAUGGGUGCAUUUAUCGUUUUGAUUCUUGGUAUCUUAUCAAUGUGGGUUAUUUUUCGGAGAAAAUCUCGGAGAACUUUGAACAAGUACUCUCUUUGCCAAAUCCCUAACGUUUCCAAGGACAUCAGGGUUGACAGUGUUGGGGAACAAAUUAUGCAUGAUCGCACGGAAAGUUUAAUUUUAACUCUUAAUGAUAAAUCAAGUGAUAAGAAUUCAGAGAAGAUGUUAGUUAAUAUGAGUAGAAGCAAAUCAAGUGAUGUUGAUAAUAGCAGCCAGUGCAGUUCAAUGUUUCAUCAUGAAAGGGCAUGUAGUUUUCAAUCAGGAGAAGAAGGAAGCUCUGGGGCUGCCCGAAAACAAUCUACAAUUUCAUAUGGUUUUGCGAUGCCGUCUCCUUUGGUUGGUUUACCUGAAAUAUCCCAUCUUGGAUGGGGUCAUUGGUUCACACUUAGGGAUCUUGAAAUAGCAACAAAUCGGUUCUCGGCAGAGAACAUUCUAGGGGAAGGUGGUUAUGGGGUUGUGUACCAGGGAAGACUUGUUAAUGGAACAGAUGUAGCAGUUAAGAAGCUUCUUAAUAAUCUUGGCCAAGCAGAGAAAGAGUUUGGGGUUGAAGUAGAGGCCAUAGGCCAUGUUCGACACAAGAAUCUUGUGCGUCUUCUUGGCUAUUGCAUAGAAGGAGUUCACAGGAUGUUGGUAUAUGAGUAUGUCAACAAUGGCAACCUGGAGCAGUGGCUUCAUGGGGCUAUGAGACAGCAUGGCACCCUUACAUGGGAAGCCCGCAUGAAAGUUCUGCUUGGAACCGCAAAAGCGCUUGCUUAUUUGCACGAAGCUAUUGAACCAAAAGUUGUUCACCGUGACAUAAAAUCUAGUAAUAUCCUAAUUGAUGACGAGUUCAAUGCUAAGGUUUCUGAUUUUGGAUUGGCAAAGCUCUUGGGAUCCGGAGAGAGCCAUAUCACAACAAGAGUGAUGGGAACGUUUGGUUAUGUGGCUCCUGAAUAUGCAAAUACUGGCUUGUUGAAUGAAAAGAGUGACGUUUAUAGUUUUGGUGUUCUGCUGCUAGAAGCUGUUACUGGAAGAGAUCCUGUGGACUAUGGACGUCCUGCUGUAGAGGUCAAUCUUGUUGAGUGGCUCAAAAUGAUGGUAGGGAACAGAAGAGCAGAGGAAGUUGUGGACCCUAACCUUGAAGCUAGGCCCACGACACGUGCUUUGAAACGUGCGCUUCUGGUUGCACUUAGGUGCGUUGAUCCUGAUUCGCAAAAACGACCCAAAAUGAGUCAGGUUGUUCGAAUGCUUGAAGCUGAUGAAUUCCCCUAUCACGAGGAUCGGAGGACGAGAAAAAGCAGAACCAGCAUGGAAAUCGAAUCAACAAAGGAGGGCCGUGGUUCUUCAGCUGAUCAGGAAAGCAGCGGGGUAGGACAAUCAGAGCGCCAUAUAUCUGAACCAAACCACGGCUAUAACUGACAGACUUAAUCCCUCGGGUGAAUAAUUGCUUCUCCCCCUCCUAGUGCUAUUCACAAUUUCGAAAUUUGUUUCUUUAAAUAUUCCUAUAUGUUAGUCGAGUUAUCGAGAAAAAGGGAUAGUCAGUUCUAAAUUCUUGAAUCAUCGGCGGCUCUUUCAGUGUGUUUGCUGUCACUUAGAUGCAGUAGCGAGAGAUGGAGUGUUGUUUGUACAGAUUCGUUUCGUGGACUAAUUGCCGGUCUUC